CACGCGCACAUGCAGUCACAGAGGGGCGCGAGGAGGAGACCGAGCGGUUUGUAGUGACACUCCUUUAGAGCGCAGGCAGCGGUGAUGUGAAAGCCAAACGUGAGAGAGCGACUUUAUUCAAAACUACACGUGGAUUUGAGCGUUUGAGGACGACAUGAGAGAGGCGACACACUCAAAAUGAACUCCGACUGGUCCAAGCCUUCUCCGGUGCUCAGCCCUCACUCCCCUCUCAUGUCUUCAACCCGGGGUCCCAAACCAUCCGUUGCCCCUAAACCCAAAAAACACGUCCAUAAUGGGACGCCACCACAAACACCAAGCCAGGACAGAUACCCCAACGGCAGCUUGAAAUGCAACUUUAUUGACAAUGGGAAUGUUCUCAAAGCGCAUGAUGUUGUGCAAAUUGUCUUGAAGAAUGGCGACGAAAACAAAAGCAAAAUUGAUGAAGAUUGGAGGUUGAGUACUUUGACAGAAAAGACGGAAUCAUUGGAGACUUUGGAUACAGUUGAAGAAGUUGAUUCGAAUGACGAUGUUGUUGAGGUGGAUGUCUGCGAUGGAGGGGAAGCAAUGGCUGACACAGAUGGGAUUUCAGUGGGAGAUAUUUCAGUGAAUAGUAUUGAUCCAGAUAAUGAGAACAAAAUGGAAGAGGUAAAGAAUUCAAAUACGACUUGCAAUCAAAAGGAAGAUUUUUUAAGAACAGAUUUGAGCCUCAUGAAGAAUAAUGCGUCACCUCAACUUAAACCGUUCAAAUUCCAUCAAAAUGUCUAUGCACAAAAGCUUUGCAAUGAAGAACAAAACAGUCCUGAUUUGAAAGUUGAGAUGGACAAUUUGAACGUAGAUAGCAACAAAUUAGCACAGGUUAUUGGUAAAGAUUUUAACAUAGCAAACAACAAUGCAUCACCAAAGCUGGUUCAUGUUAACAUUGAAAGAAUUGGAUCGUUCAACUGUCAGAGAAAUGUAUAUGGGAAAAUGGUGGCCACACAAUGCAACGUCAACAAGGAACAAGCUGCUGAUUAUGUAAUUCCAUCCAAACUUGAAGUUGGAGACUCAAAUUACAAUCAGCUAGAAAACAUUAUAAGUAAAGAUUUGAACUUAAAAAAUAAUACAUUGCCAAAGCUCGUGUCUGUUAACAUUGACAGAGUUGGUUCUUUCAAUCUUCAUAAAAAUCCAUACAGGAACGCAAUGGGAGGAGGAAUAGAUGAAUCAGACUAUGUUUUGACUGAGGAGUAUGUUGAGAUUGGUAGCAAAGAUAGAACCAGCGAUUUGAACACAUUUUGUACAUGCUCGGACAAGAAUUUUGGAAUAGAUAAGCAACAAAAAACAUCAUGUUGUUCAAAUAGUCCAGAUUCCCAGCCAAGAUUCAGGCUUGUGUCUAUUUCAAAAGCAAAGGAGACACAGCUAUCAUCGUCGCUGUCUGAAUUACUCUUCCCAAGCGAUUUAUUUGACAAAUUGGACUCUCCAAUCGCACCUUUCGAUUUGGAUUUUAACGAAGAACACGUUUAUGAUACGCCUGGACGCAAGACAUCAAUAGGAGCACGAACCGGAUCAAUGUCGCAACGAAGUAGUGAUUUAAGAAGCUACAAAAGUGGUAUUGUUGGACAUAGCGGUAGUCCGAUGCUAGUAAGACAUGCGGGAUAUCAAAAACCUCAUUAUUUACCAUUAUACCCAAGAUCUUUGUCAAUGGAGGGGCAAGAGAUGCAAGGAUCCCCAAUGCGAAAUCGUGCAAUGUUUUCGAAUUUUAGCCAGAAUUCGCCUCUCUCCACUCCAACCUCAGUAGUCGAUAUACCGCCACCGUUUGAGCUAGCGUACAUCACCAAAAAGCCCAUCACAAAAAGUUCACCUUCACUACUUAUCGAAACUGACCCUUCUGAGAAAACUAAAAAGAAGAAAUCCUCCUUGAAACGAUUUUUGAUGUUAAAAUUUAGAAGGAAAAGUGACAACAAGCAACCUGAAAUUUCUAGUAGAUUGACGGAUUUGGAUACGCAUAGCUUGACCAGUUCGCCAAAUCUGAUCUCACGAAGUCAACAAUCAGAACCAGCUUUCUUACUUUAUGAUAAUAAGAAAAAAAGUGGUUCAGUGUCUUUUUUGAAUCGCAGUAUUGUUAGAGUUGAGUCUUUCGAUGAUCGCUCCCGUGUGCCAUUUGCACCUCUUCCUCUCACUAAACCUAGGUCAAUUUCAUUCCCGAUCAUGGACAAUUCAGAUUACGAAAAUGUGCCGGCAAUAAAUUCGGAUUAUGAGAAUGUUCAGGUCCCACAGAGGAGGCCCGUGAAGCAGUUUCCAUUCACAGAGUACUUCGAGCGUUCCAAUCGGCAAAAGGCGACAGCGAACGACACAGAUGGAUACGUGGAUAUGAGCAGCCUGCCGGGGUUUGAGAAGAAACCGCCACUGCCACGUGAAGAAACUGAAAGUGCUUACACAGAGGCAUAUAAAGUGUGCUCAGUGGCUUCUGCUCCAGUGACAGAUGAAGAGCAGGGACGCACUUCAGACGAGGAGGGCUGCACCGCUGACAGUUCCUACCAGAGACAGCCUGACGGUCACUCCAGAGCCUAUUAUGUGGCUAAAGAGCUGCUGGACACAGAGAGGCAACAUGUAAAACUCCUCAAGCUUCUUCACGAUGACUUCUGUGAGGCGGUGCUGUCUGCGGUGGACUCAGAGGGGCAGCCCGUGGUGGAGGAGGAGAGACUCAGGGAGAUUCUGAUCGAGUUACCUGAUGUCUAUAGCCUUCAUCAUAGGAUCCUGUCUGAGCUGGAGGGACGAAUCAGGCUGUGGAGUGACAGUCAGAAGAUAGCAGACAUCUUCUUGUCUAGGAAGCCUGAGUUCUUGGUGUUCACCACGUUCAUUGGACAUUAUGACCGCAGUGUGUCUCUGCUGGAGGACAGCUGCCGGACCUCUCCAGGGCUCUGUGCCGUGGUGCAACAGUUUGAGAGUUCUCAAAAGUCAUCUCUGAAACACCAGCUGCUGCAGGUGAUCGUUCGCGUGGCUCAGUACAGAAUGCUCCUCACCGAUUACCUCAACAAUCUGUCCCCCGACUCCCAGGAAUAUGAAGACACCCAGGCUGCUGUGACGAUAGUGUCUGACAUCGCAUAUCAGGCAAAUGACAGCUUAAAGAAUGGGGAAAAUUUGUUGCGUUUGGUGAAUAUCGACUACAGUGUCAGAGGCCAGAGGGACCUGCUGCAGCCAGGACGGGUGUUCAUAAAAGAGGGCACAUUAAUGAAAGUCAGCCGGAAAAGCCGACAGCCUCGUCACCUGUUUUUGAUGAAUGAUGUUCUUCUUUACACAUUUCCUCAACAAGAUGGAAAAUAUAGACUCAAAAACACGCUGCCUGUCUCUGGACUUAAGGUGAGCAAACCCAUCGUUGACAAUGUCCUAAACGCUCUGAGGAUUGAGUCAGAGGACCUUUCCAUCACUUUGUCAGCCAGUUCGUUCAUUGAGAGGGAGGAGUGGUUUUUCACUCUGAGUCACACAGUCAGUGAACACGCUCGUGGUUCAGCUCCAAACAGCCCAUCUGAUCCCCGAGAGCCUAUGUGGUUGUGUUUAGGGGAGAAAGCUCCUACAUUUGUCCCACUGUCUGAGCCGACGAUCUGCAUGAACUGUACCUCAGAGUUCAGCCUGACUUCUGCACGACAACACUGCCACAGCUGCGGGAGGGUUGUGUGCAGAAACUGCUCCAAAAACAGGUUUCCUCUGAAGUACAUGAGGUAUCGAAUGGCCAAAGUGUGUGACCACUGCUACAGCGAGCUGAAGAAGAGAGGUGAAGACACAGCGCCAGGAGCAGACAGCCCUCGGUCGCCUCGGAGUCGCCCUCUGUCUGCAGUGUUUCAGAACAUUCACGCCCCCAAACACCUGUGGAGACACCGCAGAGGAACGCUCUCCUUCAACCAGGUGAUGGUGUGUGAGGAGGGCGCGCUUAGUGGAACCUUGCAGCGAAGUAAAACAAAGAGGAACUGGAAACGCCUGUGGUUUCUGCUCAAAGACAAGGAGAAGGUGGCAUCAGAGAGCUUACCUCUCCUGGGCUUCACGGUCAAACUGCCUGACAGAGUCCAGGGAGAAGAAGAGUCCACUGUGUUUCAGCUGUACCACAAAAAUACUCUGUUCUACACGUUUAAAGCAGAGGACAACUUUACUGCUCAGAGAUGGGCCAACGCCAUGGAAGAAGCUACUGUUUUAUAGGGACCAUUUUUACACUUGUCCUUGCACCCAAAAUGUGACUUCCUCUGCAUAUUUCCUUAUUGGACCAAAAAGACACAGCUUGUACUGUCAGAGGGGACGCUCUCGCCUACUUAACCAGCCUCACUGCGUCCUCCCAGCUGAUGCAGCAGGUGGGCCCAGGGAGAGUGGCCUAGAUACUUACCACUGUGCAGUCUGACCUGUAUUUCUGCAAUGCAACUGGUUCACACAGCUGCCUCCUCUGAAUCAUGGAAGAUAUUGUAGACUAUUUUUAUAUUUAAUCAAGAAAUGUCUAAUUUAUAAUUGUACAGGGGAGAUGCACAAAUUCUGGCCACAAAAUAGGUACAUGUGUUUGUAGAUAUUCACAUAGCAGCAAUUCUUUGGAGUUAGUCCUGUUAACAAACAAACUGAUAUUUAUAGCAAAAUACAGAUUACAGAAAUGUAUUGUCGUGUAUUGAAAGACUGUUUAUAUUAUGCUAAAAUCACUUCUUUGAACUUUUAAGCUUGUUAUAAUGUAUCCUCAAGAACAUACCUUCUAGUGUGUUUAGACAACUUGGAUAGCAUUUUACAUUACAGCAAAUAGUAAUGUUCACAUUUUCAUAUAGCGCUUUACAUCAAGGAAACACUCACCCAGUCACACACACCUUCAUAUUCCACUGCACACUGGGGGUGAGAAGAGUUAAGUGUCUUGUCCAAGGACAAAACUACAGCAUUCAUCUGUGGAAGCUGGAAUCAUACCACCAGCCUGUGGGUCAGUGGAUCUGACUGCUCUACCACGAUGUUUAUGUCAGGAGUGGGAUUCAAACUGGCAACUUUCGAAUUAGUGGACAAACGCUCUGCCAGUUGAGCUACUCUCACCUCAUUAUAAUGAUUUAUUCUUGCAAACCUACCUGUGUUGUGUUUUGGACAGUUUGGGAUAGCAUUUCUAUCUGAAUAGACUAAACAGAGACAAAUCAGUGGGUUAGAGUUUGCUACAGCUCCAUUUUACAUCACAGCACAGUAAUACCAUAGAUUGGUAAUAACAUAACUAACAGUGUAAAUAUAGAAACAGCCAUUGCACUUUAUUCCCUAGUAUUUCUAUGCUUUAACUUUGUGACCUGCUGUAUGACAUCUAUAUGUACAGGAAACAUAUAUAAACAGUAUUGGUUAAUAAUACGGAAACAUGAAUGCAAAGUGUGCUCCCCCUGGACCAGGUUAGGCCACGGAGAGAUGGUUAACAAGCAGAGCAGAUUUAAAAGUCUUAUAUUAUGUAAAUUGGACUCUAUUGAGCUUGAAGCCUUGUUAGAAUGUUGUUACCUUCUCAAAAACAGACCUGGAGUUUUGUUUUGUUUCAUUCACACACUUUUGAGUAACCCUUUAUUAUUAGUCUGUUUACAUCUCCAAAGCUCAAAAUGCUCUAUUCCACCUUGUGAUGUCAUAAAGCGGUAGUUUUCAUGUUAGUUGCUACUAUUUACAUUUUUUUUCAGUAGAAAUUGUCAAUUCCAGGACUGAAAUUAUCCAACGAUUCUAGUGAAGGUGUGAGGUUUAAAACACAGUGGAGCACUUCCUGUAUUACAACAUAACAUCACAAAGAACUCAACAAAGAAACAAAGCCUAACUCAACCAUGAAUAUGCACAUUAUAGACCCUAUAUAAGUUUGUGGAUUUGGUAAAUAAUACUUUGACUCAAGUAUUUUUAGCAAUUGUAAUAUCGUCAUCUCAGAACAUAAAGAGUUACAGUCUUGUUAUUGUUUUAUUAUUAGAUUUACAUUCAAACAGAUGUACCUAAUUAUGUGGCCACUGUUGAUAAGUUGGUGUCUCCAUCACAAAUGCCUUUAAGCAAACUGUCAUUGCCUUUAAUUUAGCAUGUGUUCUUCUAUUGGGAUUCAUGUAUUUACUAUGGAGUACUUUUAUAUUACCAUGUACUGUAACACUGGGGCCAUCCUUCCAGUUCAUGUGAUGUUUUUUGCACUGAUUUAAAACAAAAAUAUAUCUAUAAAAAUGUUUAUUAUAUGUAAAAGGGUAUACUGACUUAAAUAUGCACUUAAUGUUUCAUCAUAUCUGCGAACGGUGUCUUCUCUAUGGAAUAUAUAAAGCCUAUGUAUUAUGUAUUAUAUUGAGAUAACUGUAAAACAUGGCUUUAAAUACAGAAAGCUUUAUCCAUAUAUCUAAUACUGUACUUGUAUUAUUGAAGUAAAUUUUUGUGUGUUC